GAAACAACCUUAGCCCGUUAUUCACAGCAAAAAUUCAUAGCGUCAACACACUCAAUAUUCCAAAAACAAAACAUAUUUAUAUAUUUUCUAGCCCGUACAAGACAAUACACUAAAUACUCAGACAGUCAAACAUGUGCGAUAUUAAUGAUGUUGAUAAACAAAAGCUUAAAUUUACCGGCUGCUGCAGCAUGACCGACAGCGAACUCUCCAAGCUAUACAAUCUGGAUAUACUCACCGACGUCGAACUGGCCGCCGUUGGUGUCGCGCGCGACUCUCUGAUCGACGACUACCGCCACCUGCACGAAUUGUCGCAGAUGAGAGAAUUGGAAAGCCUGCCAACACUGACGAAACGCUUCGUCUCCAAGCUGAAAAGGCCCAAAUUCAAGUCGCCCCGCAAGCCGAGCAAAGUCUUCAGCUACGAUCUGCUGAACAAGUUCUUCCGCUGCAUGCAGUCCGAGUCCGUGGGCUUCUGUCGUUUCAUGGAGCAGGAGCUGAAGAUCAUAACCGACUUUCAGCGCGAUACCAAAAUUCUGUUGCUGUCGCCGCGAGAGCGCGAGUUCGCCCGUUACGAAUCAUACUUCGACUAUUUGGAUGCGCUCUACAAGUCCGGCGAACAGGAUCGUGUCAUAUCGAUCGUGGCCAAGGUGAUGAUCAACUUCCAUCGCGAUCCCAAUCCAGUCAAACUGCUGCCCGGUUAUGGGCGCGGCUAUGGGCCGCAUUACGCUCGCAAUCGCACGGUCGUUGUCAAGCAGAAGCCAAAAUUGACAAAUCUCUAAAAUGAAGUUAAGUCCCGCCCCAUGGCCCCCGACAGCCCCAGCCCCUGUCCCUCCCCCGAGCCCCACUUAAAUGUCAGCUAAAUUGAUAAC